GCAAUCGGACAUCUUCCCCAACCUAACAGAAAAAUGCAUUCAGAGCUUCGGAUCUAACUCUUUAUCCAGCUUCUAGGGCAAAUGUGUAGAAACAUGUCUGACCGAGAUCGUCCCAGCAUACAAGGAAAGUUAUGGGGACUGUGCAUUCUAUUGAAUGUCCUCAGGCCUUUAUCCUGCUUUUCAAAUUUCAGCCAAGCAAGAGAAGUCAUCUACAAAAUAAAAGAAGGCUUGCCGAAGGGGACCCUGAUUGGGUCCAUCGGUGUGGACUUAAAGUUAGACCUCUCAGCAGACCCCCCUUUCACAUUCAGCCUGGCUUUAAAGAAGAUCAGUGAACAGUAUGUCAGCCUAAUUAACACAACUGGGGAGCUGUACACGUCUGCUAAUGAAAUUGACAGAGAGACACUCUGUGUGGAAAAUGCCGAAGGCCAGGGGUGUUUCCUCUUCUUGGAUGUGUUCAUUCUGCCCCAGCAAUAUUUCCAACUGGUUAAAGUAAAAAUCAUCGUGGAGGAUGUCAACGAUAACAGGCCUUCCUUCCCAUCAGACGAGAUCCGGCUCUUCAUCCCUGAGAAUGCACAAGUGAAUUCUAGGUUUGCCGUGGAGCAAUCUGCCAUUGACCCCGAUGUGGGAAUACAUGGGGUUCAGACGUACUGGCUGAUGAAUGACUAUGGGGUCUUCACUUUGGACGUGGAGGAAAAUGAGAGCAGGGAGCUGACGCCCUUCUUGAUCGUGAUGGAUGCUCUGGACAGAGAAACUAAGAGUGAAUAUGUCACAAAGAUCAUUGCAGAAGACGGUGGGAAUCCACCACUUCUGGGAACGGCCAUCCUGAAAAUCUUCAUAACGGAUGUGAAUGACCACUGUCCGCAAUUCACGGAAUCUAACAUCAACAUCACCAUACAUGGGAACGCCACCAAAGGAGUGCAUUUAACCCGUCUUCAUGCCUAUGAUCCUGAUCAAGGAGACAAUGCCCAGAUAAUAUACGUCUACAGCGAGCGAGUUCCCGGAGAGGUGAGGAAUCUGUUCCACUUAGAUAAAACCAGUGGAAUCAUUAAGCUGCAAGGUAAAAUAGAUGCAAAGAUAGCUAAGUUCUAUAAGCUGACGGUCCUCGCUAAUGGACCAGGCUGCAUACCAGCUGUUGCAACAGUGUUCUUGUAUAUUAACAGAGUCUUGGGGCCACCAUCUAUCAUUCCUCGAUAUAUUGCCCCAGAGAAAAAUGGCAUUGUGUCUCUGAAGGAGUCUGAGCCUCCGUUUACUCCAAUUGCAUUUUUCACUUUAAAAAAUAUAGAUGAAAGUGAAAGGAUAGACUGCCACCUGGACGCUAAUGGCCCAUUCCGAGUGUCACCUUACACGCCCCUCAGAAAUGAGUACUUAUUGGAAACAACAGCCUCCCUGGACUAUGAGCACAAACAGGAAUAUGAACUCUCUGUAGUGGCUGCAAACUCAGAUGGUCUAAUCAUUAAAACACUUUUUAUAGUGCAAGUGAUAGACGAAAAUGACAAUGCGCCAGUUUUUAGGCAAUCUCUAAUGGAGUUGUUUAUUGAGGAAAAUAAUGGCCCAAAUACCUUCCUGACAAAACUGUAUGCUACGGAUGAAGACAGCGAACACAGGGGAGAAGUUUCUUAUUUCCUAGGGCCUGAUGCACCGUCCAUUUUUUCACUUGAUAACUGGACUGGAGUGCUUGCCAUAUCCACAUCGCUGGACCGAGAAGAAAAGGAAGUGUACAGGUUCACAGUGGGGGCAGUGGAUCAUGGAUCUCCACACAAAGAAACUAUCGGCACUGUGGUGCUGACAGUGCUGGACCGAAACGAUAACAGCCCCCAUUUCAUCAAUAAGGACUUCACCUUUUUCGUCCCGGAGAAUUUUCCAGGCUACGGGGAAAUCGGGGUGCUUUCCGUCACUGACGCCGAUUCCGGAAGGAAUGGCCGGGUGUCUUUGUCAAUCAUUAACGGGAGUGACAUUUUUGUCAUAGACACUGCAAAGGGCACGUUAAGGGCCAAAACACCCCUGGACAGAGAGCAGCAGGGGACAUACCUCUUGCUGGUUGAAGCGGUCGAUGGAGGGGAGCCUUCGCGCUCCUGUGUCGUCACGGUAACUGUUUUGCUCCUUGAUGUAAAUGACAACCCACCUUUGGUGCUGUUUCCGCAGUCCAACCAGUCAUACAUGCUGGUAUUGCCCAGUACUCUACCUGGCACUUCCAUAACAGAGGUGUAUGCUGUGGACAAAGACACUGGAAUGAAUGCUGUGAUAGAAUACAGUAUCAUCCAAAGGAGGGGUGGUGAGCCGGGCUCAUUUGACAUCGACCCCAAGACAGGGAACAUCACCUUGAGGAAAACACUGAUCAGCCGAGGACUCUGCAGUCUCCUGGUCAGAGUCAGUGACCACGGACAGCCCGAGCCUCUUCACUCCACUGUGAUGGUACAUUUUUUUGUCAAUGAAACGGUGAGCAAUGAGAGCUAUGUACGGAAUCUACUGUCAAAAGAAAAAGAGCCUGAAAUGGAGGAACGCUUCUUCGGUAGGUUAAUUAAAUAUUCUGAGAAGAGGGACUCCUUGCUUCCCUGCCAACCCGCUGUGGCUGCGCUGACGUCGGCCUGCCUGGGGUUGCUGCUGACCGUCUGUUUACUCACCACAUACAUAUUCUGCACAAGGCAUAAAAACAAGGGCAAAAGGGUGGAGGCAGCCAUCCCCUUAAAGAUGAACUUCCCGACAAUGGAGAAGAAGGUCAUGGAGAGUCCCAGGACCCAGGAAGCUGACUGAUGCAGCUGGGAGGAGAGGGGAGAGACUAAAACCAGGAUGAGGUACUAAAAGGCAGGAAGAAGAUCACAAACCAGACUAACUACAAACACUGAGAUGAGACAGAGCAGGUGGGAGUCAAGUCGCCCCAUCUGAGUCCAGCGAAAACCUGUUGCUCUGCGUUAUCACAGCGGGAACAUCCAGUUAAACUCCAGGUGGUACAGAAGCCGACAACUGAUACCUGAUAACUAGGAAACUGCAAGAACAGGCUAGUAGUAACACAAAAAUAUCAACUGUACGGCAUUACAGCAGUUCGAGACAAAUCUAUUUUUUAUAAUCGCACAUGAGGAUAGUAGUAUUGUUUUGUUUAGCCAUGUCAUGCUUGUCAAAAUAAAUGCAUCACAUGAGCACUUUUCCCAAAAUACCCCACAUUUUACAUAACUGUCUACCUACCAAGAGAUUAUUACGUGGUGGAUCAGUGGUUAUUGAGGCUUCAAGAAAAUGUGUCUUUCCACUCACUGGCAUGGGAAAACACUACAACUGGCAUCAUUGGAGUGCAUGUGUGUGUGUGUGUGUGGGGGGGGGUAGCAUAAAUAAACAAUAAAGUAAAAAUGGAAAGGUUUUGUUUUUUGUUUGGUUACUUUUAGUUAAGGUUAGGGCUGGGUGGGGGUUCAGGAUAUCGUGACUGAAUGGGAGGUCUCCAUUUAGAUAGAUACGCCAGUGUGUGUGUGUGUGUGUGUGUGUGUGCGUGUGUGUACAGUAUGAGUGUGCGUGUUUAUUACAUACACCUUUCUUGAGAAAAGUGGCCUAUUAUGGAAUUUCCAGGCUAUGACACCAUUACAUAAGACAAUUUCCUCUGUUGACUUUGGAGCCAUGAAAGUGUAACACAUUAGAAAAUGUGUCGCCAUCCAUUAUUCAUCCACUGCCAGUGUAUUACAGUCCCUGGGCUGAAAUACCAGAGCCAGUCUGUAAUCUCCAGUGCUAUUUUGUGCUAAUAAAAAUAACCAAGUAAUUUUCAACUGACCACAUGUUGUAAGGCUGAUACCACUGAUGACUAAAUCCAGGCUAGUAAUUAGUUAUAAUGACGUCCAGAGGCUACUUUUCAGUGUUCAAUUUAUAUGUAGUCUGAACUGGAAUCUCAGCAGGGACUGAAAAUGUACGACCCUCAUAACUUUAAUUUUAUUUUUUCACCUUUAAUCAGAAACAAGUGCAACUGUUCAUGCAUUAUGAAUGCUGUAAAACUGUACAGUUGAAUUUUAUAAUAAUUUUGUUUUUACCUCUGAAACUAAACCUAUUCAUUUUUUGCAUGUAUGUCUUGAUGUACCCAUCUAUCACUGCUGAUCUAUCUGCUGCAGUGAUGUUGGUGAGGCACUGGUAGAAUGUCAAGUACUGUAGAAAGUGAAUUUAAAGGAACACUGGGUUUAGAUGCAUUCUGCCGUGGGGAUGGUAAACAGCAAACAUACAGUACAACUACAAAAGGAGCACGACAAGUGACAGAGAAAAAUCACAUUAGAUACAUGCAAUCGCCAAUUAGACAUAUAUAAAUGUGUAAAAAUUAAAUGGGAAAUAAUAAUGAAAUAAUAAUGCAUUUUAUUUGUGGGUGCCUUUCUGAAACCCAUAGUCACCUUUCAUAUCCCAUACAAGACAAAUAAUAAAAACAAAUAAUUAAAAAAGAGUUAUUUACAUAAUCAGACAACAAUUGGGUUAGAGCGAGUAAGCCAACUUAAACAGAUGGGUUUUGAGAAAUGACUCUUUAGUUAGGGAGAAUAUACAAUCAUAAAGCUUAAGCUUAAAAUUUUAUCAUCACCAUUUCAUGCAUUUGAAUUGUAACUACAUUACAGGAUGUUUAAGUGGAUAACUUAUAUUUCAUUGGAUAAAUUCUUAUUUUGAUCACUUUUUCAUAAUUAUUCUAAUAAUUAAAAAUGUUCCACACAGUUUUCAAGAGCCUAUAAAGUUAUUUUUCUGGCCAUGUGGAGUAUUGUGUUAAAACAGAUAGAUACCCUGAGCUGGAAUUCACACCAGUUAAUCACUGACCAAAACAAAUAGUAACUUUACCCUUGAACGAGAAAAGUUAAUUGCGGCUGUUAAAUUGAUGAAGUAUCUUUGUCACACUCAAUAACAAACUCUUGUUACUAAAACUACAUAUAUUUUCCUGCACAAAUUAGAUACAGAUCCUAGUAAUCCCAGUCACAUUCAUACCCAGCUAGAUUUGAACACACACACACACACACACACACACACACACACACUGUGACAUAUAGUAAAUAUUUUUAAUAUUUAAAAAGAAAUAUGGUGAUACAUGAUUUGUGUAAGUGAGAAGUUUAUUCCUAUCCUAUAAUUCCUAUUAAUCAGACUAUCAACUGAUAAUACAGUGUAAUCAGACGUCACACAUGGUGGCUCGAUAUGGAAACACUGUUAUUAUCAUCAUGGAGCUGAAGUUUCUGUAACAUUUCCCAGCCCAUGGGUAUUUAGAGGCCUUCAACUUGAACAAUCAUUUAAAAAGCACAUUGGUAUGGAUGUCACAUUCAUCAGCCAUGGACUCUGUAAAGAAAUGUUAUCAUUGUCUCUUUGUUUUCAUUAUUGUCUCCUCCUUUAUUUUGCAAUAGAUAUAACUGCAAUCACAAAGCUGGCCCGAGGGUCCUGGAAACAAGUCUAUCUGAAAUUACGUUAAAUUAUUAAUUGUUCAGACACCAAGUAAUUACUAUCAGCCAUGGGUCGGAUUUCUAGAUUGUCUGUAUUGUUCUAUCAUGCCCUGAAUUCCAACAAAUGUAGCCAGAAUAAUAGGACUGCUUGAGUUACACGGGCCUGAAAUUCUAUUAAAUCCUGCCCCGGUUAUGAUCCAAAUCCACUUCAUCUCCUCUCUUGUCUUACUCUUCAAUAAUGCAUUUUGAUAUCAUUCCCCCCUUCAAAAUCUCUGUUUUUGAUUGAAUAAGUUGUACAGGGGGCACCAUGCAAUAGAAAUAA